UCCGAAGCAUGAAUCUUUGUUUCUUCUUCUGUCUCUGAAGCUUCUCGUUAAAUGGCUGUUUGCUCAGUGAAGCUCAUUGAAAAUGAAGGUUAAAGUAGCGUCGUGCAUCUCUGCUGUGCUUCUACUGACGGUGGCAGCGGCAGAGAUGGUGUCUGUACCAGGAGGACACAUGUUGAUGGGAACCAGAGCAGCUGAUGGGAGAGAUGGAGAAUCCAACACUAAGGAGGUGCAGCUGGGACCUUUUCAAAUGGACAAGUAUCCGGUCACCAACACUGACUUCAGAGACUUUGUCAGAGCGCAGAAGUACAGAACUGAAGCUGAGACGUUUGGCUGGAGCUUUGUGUUUCAAGACUUUGUGUCUGAGGAGCUGAAGAGUAAAGUCACACAGAAAAUCGAGUCUGCUCCCUGGUGGAUGCCUGUAGAGCGAGUGUUUUGGAGACAGCCUGCAGGACCGGGGUCAGGUAUUCGGGAGCGCCUGGACUUCCCGGUGGUUCAGGUGAGCUGGAACGAUGCUCAGGCUUUCUGCCGGUGGAAGGGCAAGAGACUGCCAACUGAGGAGGAGUGGGAGUGGGCUGCACGUGGGGGGAUGCAAGGUCGAACUUAUCCGUGGGGAAACAAGUUCCAGGCCAACAGAACCAACCUGUGGCAGGGAUCGUUUCCAGAUGGAGACACUGCGGAGGAUGGAUAUCACGGCAUUUCACCGGUCACUGCCUUUCCUCCUCAGAACAGCUAUGGAAUUUAUGAUAUGAUGGGAAACGCGUGGGAAUGGACGUCCACGCCUUUUCCCGGAACGAGUCCGAUGUUUGUGCUGCGUGGUGCCUCCUGGAUCGACACGGUGGAUGGGUCAGCCAAUCACAAGGCUCGAGUUACAACCAGGAUGGGCAACACUCCCGACUCUGCCUCUGAUAACCUGGGAUUCAGAUGUGCUGCCGACCACGCACAGAAACAAGGGAAGAACCAGGACAAAGCAGAGCUGUAGGAACUCAGGUGUUGAUCUAAUAUGGAUCUAAUGACUUUCAAGUUGAGAAGGGGCAAGAAAAAAAUGACAGGACCAAAAAAUACGUCAGCCAUUUCCCACAUGAACCCGUUUUCCUGCUGUAAUCUCAAAUGGGCUCACUCUGAUAUUUUCUGGAUAUUUCAUGAGGGGGCCGGUGGGAAAAAUAUCUGGAGCAACUGACUCGCACAUUUGCAUUCUCACAUGCAGCCCCCCCACCCCGGGUAAUUGAUAUGUUAAUGAAUAAUGAUGAUGACAAAAGAUAGUGUAAUAAUAAACUGUAUUUCUCCUGUG